AUGGUGUUCGCCGACGCCGGCAGGCGUUCACCCGAACGACGGGGAAGAAGUCCCAGUGUAGUCAGCGCUAUAAGCCAUCGAUCCAGACACAACAGCAGUGCUCGAACUGCUCCUGCCCAACCCCCCUCCCCCGAGACACACCCUGCGGCGAACGUGACCCUCCUCGCAGAUGAGAAGCCUGUUGCAAGCGGCAAUGGCGUCUCUGUUUCCAUCGCAUUGGCGGAGCCAGUUCUGUUUCUGCAGGGGUUUGAUGCCAAUGAUCCCUCUACCCACAGCACCACAAUGCUUCGUGGGAGUCUUCUUUUGAGGGUGCAAAAGCAAGCGAAGUUGAAAUCUAUAUCCCUGAACUUUCGGGGCAAGUCAGAAACGGAAUGGCCGGAAGGAAUACCUCCCAAGCGCGUCGAAUUCCGAGACACCACCACAAUCAUGAACCAUACGUGGUCGUUCUUCAAUGCUCAGAUACCCCAGGCCGAAUAUAGCUACGGUGCAGACAUUGUCCAGCUCUCCAAGGGUGCCUCGGUGGAAUCGAAAGAGGUCGGCGUUACGGCAUCGUCAUUUGACCUCUUCCAGCGUAGUGCCUCUCCCGCCAAAGGGCACCCAACUGCCCGAGACCUCAAGCGACUGUCCCUCCAGGCGAACCAUUCGAGGAGUUUCGGCAAAGGGGACACGAUCAAUGGGGGGCCGACCGUCGCCCAAAGGGGAUUUAAAGUGUUCCAUCCAGGGGACUACGUCUACAAUUUUGAGCUCCCACUUGACUCGAGGCUGCCCGAAUCUAUCAGUGUCGAUCUCGGCCACGUCAAGUAUGAGUUGGAGGCCCUUGUCGAGCGUUCCGGGGCCUUCCGUGCUAAUUUGGUGGGCACGAAGGAGUUGACCUUGAUCCGAGCACCCGCCGAGGGGUCUUUGGAACAAGUCGAACCUAUUGCAAUAUCUCGGAACUGGGAAGACCAAUUACACUAUGAUAUUGUGAUUUCUGGGAAAUCCUUCCCGCUUGGCUCAACGGUGCCCAUUGCUUUCAAAUUGACUCCCCUCGCCAAGGUUCAAUGCCACAGGAUCAAGGUGUUCGUAACGGAGAACAUACAAUACUUUACAAACAACAAGAAGGUACACAGGCUGGAACCGACGAGAAAGGUGCAACUUUUUGAAAAACGGGCCGAUGGACAUAGUGUGACAUCCUACCCCGGAAGUUCAAUGCGUAUUCUAGCCGGUGGUGGUGUCCCCUAUGACUAUCGCCAACGAGCUGCUGCUGGUGAUGAAGAUAUCCCGCGAGACCAGACGAACUUGCUCGGCAACUUGGAUAAUGACGCCGGCAGUAUUGGUCCCACUGAGAUGGAAUUCAACGUGCAACUGCCCAGCUGUCACCAGAUGAAGGACAAACUGAGAAGCGAGCGAUUACAUUUUGACACCACAUACUCCAAUAUUCAGGUCAACCAUUGGAUCAAGGCAGAUGAGAACGAUUCAACUAAAAGGCGGCAUUUCGAGAUCUCCAUUGAUUCGCCCUUCAACAUUCUUUCUUGUCGCGCCACACAAGCCAAUAUCUCUCUUCCUGCCUACAGCGCCGGCGCUGGUGUUCCGGCCUCUACUGAUGAGUUCGAGUGCGGGUGCCCAGGCGCUGCAAUCAGAAGACGAAAUACGCCACCCAUAUCCCAGAGCCGGAUUCAGUCUGUCAAUAACUCAACAGAUUUUAGUGCUCCAGCGCCCGGUGUAAGCCGAAGCUGGACGAAUGACUCGGGUGGCUUGACGAUGCCGACGCAGGCACACGUGCACAACGACCCUAAUGCUGGACAAUCCAGACCUAUCCACUUGCUGAGAAGCCCCUCGUUCAAUCCACCCGCCUUUGACGACGACGAACCACCUCCACCUUUGGUCACUCCGCCUCCCUUGUACGAUAACAUUGUCCCUGGCGAUUCGACAAGCGCAUUGGCGGAUUAUUUUGCCCGUCUGGCAGAUGAAACUUCUGACGAAGACGAUCGCUUGGAUCGGUCACGUGUAGACUAUCCCCUUACUCCGGGAGGCCGGGUAAACAGGAGUAUGGAUAUUCCAAGGAACUGGAUGCCGCUGGGCACGGCAGCCAACACUGAAUCGGCUCCAUCAGGACUGGCAUCCUCGACGUCAGUAGCAAAUUGA